UCUAUCUACAAAAAAAAGAAGCAUUUGCAGUGGCAGAAUACGAUAAAAGGCUUAAUGUAAAUACUAAUCGAUUCUUACAAGCUAUGUUUGCCUAUAUAAUUUCCAUUUCUUAAAAGCAAGCGACAAUCAAGAAGAUGGACUUCCAAAACGUGAAUCUUCUAAAUGUUCGAUUGAACAUGUUCUCAGGCAAUUUAUUACCAAUGACCAGCAAUGAUUUGUUGUUUCCUAAAACAUGGAGAAUAUAUAGCGUUGUUAUAUCGUUAAUUGAUUUGUUCUAUAUCAGCGCAAUAAUCUCCGGAUUUAUUUUGGUAUUAAAAUAUGAAUCUAUAGAAAACACUGUGCAGGAUGGCGUAACAAUCAGUCUCGUGGUGACCAUUGAGGAUGAGACUAUGAAGUAUAUCGUGCAUUCGACUUUGGAUCCAAUGAAGAUUCCUCUCCAAUUUUACUGCAUAGGAGGAGGUGGAUCCGUAAUAAUGUGGUGUUGCAUUCCGUUCGCACUGAUCUCAAAGAAAACCUACUUUUUCUACAAUGAUUUUACAACGAUAGCAGCCUUUUCGAAACAGCCGUUUUCUACAAAAAUCUUCCUGCUUGGUGUUCUUAUAGAAUCUAUUGCCAGCGGAUACAUAUUUAUUAAAAAAGUCGCUCUGGAUGUCUAUAUGAUAAAUCUUAUAUUAUUAACAACGGCACAAUAUCGAUACAUAGCGAUAAAGCUCGCUAAAAUAUUUCGCAAUGACACUUCACCGAUUCAACACAAUAAAUCUCAAAAAGAACAUUAUUCUAAUGCAAAUUUGUCGUCGGAAAAAGAAAUGAAAAUAUUAUAUCAACAUUAUGAAGCUGUGAUUCAGAUAAUGUUAUUACUAAAAAAAUGUCUGUCGUCAAACGUGAGCAUGAUAUAUCUUAUUAGUGUCUUUCUUUUUUGUUUUAUUGAUGUCUUAUUGGUACAGGCAAUAUUAUCGAAGGCUUUUUUCACAAUAUUCUUAUUCAUAAUAUAUCUAUGUGGUUCUUUAACACGACUUUAUAUUCUAUGUCUAUGCAUUCAUCAAUUAUUAGAUGCGAGUAGAGAAGUGACAGAUAAAGCAUUCCACGAAAAGUGGUAUCAAUUUGGACCGUCGGCGAAACACAUGUUUAUGUUAAUGAUAAUUAGUAUAAAUUGGAAAUUUGUUUUCAACGCUUGGAAAUUAUAA